UUCAAACCAUAUUAAGAUUGAACAAGGCGGAAGAAAUAAAUUACAUCAAAACGGAUGUUUACGUAGACAAAUUCAUAUAUAUUUGUUAUGAAUUUUACGGAAUUUCAUCUGUCAGCUAUUUUGAAAGCAUGUGGUACAUCCUUGCCUUUGGUGAACUUAAGACAGAAUGAAGCAAACUAUGCUAACAAAAUAGGGAACAUUAUUGACAAUUUUCGAAAUGAAUCUCAGGCUAUAAUUGUUGGAAGCACCGCUGAAGGGUUAGGGACAGCAAUUGAUCGACAAUAUAAACACCUGUCUUCAAGUGACACAGAUAUUAUCUUGAUUUCCUCUGACUUUAAGGUUUAUGAACAUAUAAAUGAAAAGGAUAUCGUGGAAUCGUCUUAUCCAACACUUAAUCACGUUCUACGACUACCAGACAAAACAUGUCCUGGGUAUGCAAAGCUAGCUGUCUCACAAAUUCGCAGCGAUCUACAAGAUUGUUGUCAUCACAAGGGUCGCACAAAGUUCUUAAAAAAUACUUUGAAAGAAAAAAGUCUCGAAUUUAAAAAGCACUGCCCAAACAAUUUAACUAUUCAUGGUCCAGCGGUCAAUACGGAAUUGUUUCCCCGAGAUAUCGCGUCAUUCUUUCGACAGGCAGGUAGUACGACACCUAUUAAUGUUGCAGAUUUCGAAAGAGAGAGUGACUAUGGAAUAGAGGAUACAGAUUUCGUUUUUUGCCUUAAAGGCGACAAAUGGCCAUCAGAGGCUUCCGAGUGGACGAAAAGGAAAAGGACUUACAAUUGGCCGACUGAAGAACUAUUUGACAAUAUAAUCAAAUCAGGCUAUUUCCUUGCUGGAGUUGGAAGUAAAGAAUCUGAAGAGAGUGAAAUUCAAUGGAGAGUAUCCUUUAACAGUGCCGAACAGUUACUAAUUGAGUCUUUCAACGAAACACAAAUUCACUGCAUUAUGCUUUUGAAAUUAUUGAAGACAAGUCAGCUUUCAAAAGUAGCUGGGAAAAACAUAACAUCAUAUACAAUGAAAACUAUUAUGUUUUGGAUUCUGGAAGAAACAUCUGAUAAGUUUUGGCAACCAUCAAAUCUAUUGUGUUGUGUUUGCUUUUGCAUGUCAAAACUAAAAAGUUUUGUUGAAAAAGGGUUUCUCCCCAACUACUUUAUCAGGGAACGAAAUCAGUUCAUCUCGACUGAAUUUUCGGAUGACAUACAAACCAGAACCAGACAAUGCCUGGAGAGUUUUCUUGAAGACCCCAAAGCUGGCAUCGGUGUAAUUUUGUCAACAUACAAAAUGUACGAAAACACUGCACUUCCCGUUUUGGAUGCAAUCAGUCAGGAAAUUUUCAUUGAAGAAUGGCUUCGAAUAAGAAUAUCGAUGGCACAACAGUAUCACGCUACUAGUGUGCAUUCAUUCUGGAAACUAUAUGACGUAUAUAAUACAAAAAAAAGUUUAUCCCGAUGUAAAGACGCCAUGCAGAGAUUGACAACAGUCAUGUAUGCACAGCCUUUUAUCAAGCUUUUGCAAAAUUGCAUGGGCGUUCUGGAAUAUAUCCGUCUGAAGGAAAAGAAGCUAACAGUUGAAGACACAACUGACACUACUGAACGAAGUCAGUAUCUAAAAUACAUGAAGAUGAGUCUUGUAGGAGACCGUACACAUACCAGCCUUCGUAUUGCUACGUGCUACCUAGAUGAUGGGGUAAAAGAAGAGUGCCUCAAUAUCAUACGGACUGUAACAGACCACCCGGAUAAUCAUUUAUUAAUGCAAAACUACAGUCAGUACGUUAAACAAACAUUAAACAACACUAUUAAAGCGUUUGAAAACAUCUCACCUAACUACAAAGUUCAUGAAAUAGCCAUGUACAACAGAAUCAUAAACAAAGACCUUAUUGACCAAGAUCCAUACAAAACAAUUGAAGAAUUCGAACAAUUGAAGGAAGAGGGUCAUGUUGUUUGCGGAUACAACGCAUUUAUACUUGUUUGGGAGCGGUGUUGGUUCGACGUUACAUUUAUGCCUGCAGAAUUACCAGUUUUACCGAAACCAGCGGCACUGGAGUUGUGCAUUGACAAUAGCCAGAAGAAAAUAAGUUUUCACCCACUCCUUUAUGGACUACUUCUUGAAUUUAUUUGGCAUGUGAAUAAUUGUUCCAAGAAUGAGGAAAAGGAAAAGGUUCUAGAAAAAAUGAAAAACUGCGUUUCCAGGAUAUCAGGUGCAGAACAGUCUAGAGGAAUUAAUUUUAUGAUAUAUUGUUGUUCGAUACAAAAUGAUCAUUGCUUAGCCUCUAGAUACUUGAUUCAAUCGUUCAAACUCAGCCCUGUCGAACAAAACGUAGCAUAUCUGUAUAUCAAGUAUAUCAUCAAUCUUUUGAGAAAAGCCUAUGUUCAUCCUUGACCAUGACAUUUUUUUCUAAACAAGGCAAAACUGUUGUAUAAUCUCAUGAAUUUUUAACUUAAAGAUAGCUAUAAUAGUUUUCUAAGUAAAGUUGGUUUUUUAACAUUUCAGUUUACACUGGAAAAAUGCGUUUAAUGUUGAAAAUGAAUAAUAUUAAUAUUAAUAUUAAUAUAUAUGCUAUUUAUACUUUUGGUUAAUAUAAUUAACAAUCUGCAAAGUAUAUGAUGACGAAAAUCCGGUCUGUUUUUUCUGUGAGAUGUGUUUCUGCUUUGUAUCGAUCUGAUGAAUUAAGCCUUUUCAACUGGCGUUUAUAAUUUGUUCUCAUGUUGUACUGUUACAUAACUUCACCUGCAUAUGGGAUAUAUAUUUCCUUAUUCGGUAUUCAAGAGCUUGCAGCUGCUACUCAGACAUUGUGAAACGUCACCAGUGUCUGAGCUAAAAGUUGAUGAACCAGGGGUAUAUCAAAGAACGCCUCAUCCUUUUUCUAAAACAGUUCUUCGGAAGGUACCAAGACCUUGUUGAUAAAUAUUCCGUAUCAACUUCACAAAAAAAUACUCAAUGGUUUUGAACUAUAGAUUCUGGGUACUGACGUUGUUUAUCAUCUUAAUAGCGUGUAAUAGUAUUCUUUUAUUUGUUUUUAUGAAUAUUACUUUUACUGUUUGAUAUGUUUUUGGAGAUAUCCAUUUGACGUGACUCUGUACUUUCCGUCAUUGUUUUAUUGUUCUUUGGUACAAUUUUUGUAUUCUUGAUUUUCAUUUUUUGCUAAUGUGCUUUGUAUAUAUAUAUAUAUAUAUAUAUAUAUAUAUAUGCAUUUUUUUUAUUUCAUUAUAACAUAUAACGUCGCUCUGUAUUUAUACAUCCCGUCAUUGUGCAAUGGUAAAUUUUUGUAUUCUUAUCUUUCCUUUUUUUUGUUUUACAAAUAUGCUUUGUAUAUAUGCCUUUUUGUGUUUCUUUGUUACAUAUUCAUUUGUUUUUAUAGUGAUUAAGAUUAUACCACAGUGGUAACUGAUUUCCCCCCUAUUUUACAGUUUCGUAUAAAUUUAUACACCUGAUAUUUUUGUUAGUUUAGAAAUACAUAAGGUGGUUUUUAAACGCAUUAAACUAUUUCCUUCUAAUUCAUAAAAGUAUUUGAACUU